AUGGAAGAAUGGAACAAACCUUGGGAAAAUGCUCCAAGCCAGGAGGAGAUGGUUGAUGAACCUGUGCAGGCAGAAUUCUUUCAUAAAGAUUUAGAGGAACAGACCCAAAGAGUAAUCCUAAAUAUGUAUGAUUGUCUGAAAAACGAAAAUCCAGAUUUCUCGCAAAAUCAAAUUUUAAACAGAAUUUGUAUCCGGACAAAAAUCAGUCGGUAUACCAUUUAUCGGGUUAUAAAAAGGGGAGAUGUAGUCAACCAUUCCUUCCACAGAAAGCGCAUAGGGCAAAAAUUAAAUAGAAUAGACGUGGGUUUUCAGGAAGAUAUUCGUCUUGGAAAUGAUAAAUUAAAAGAUUAUCCUGAAGAUUUUUAUAAUUACAAAUGCUUAGACUCACUGCACUGUAUUGUAAAACUGUGUGGUUUUCAAUACAAAAAAUUAGAUAAAAGAAUGGUGAUUAUGGAGUCGUCUCGAAUCGUUGAAUUGCGCCAAGAAUUUUUGCACAAAGUUAAAAUCUAUAGAGAGCAGAAAAGAAAUCUGAUUUACCUGGAUGAAACGUGGUAUGAUACCCUUGAUGUUGUGCAGUACGGCUGGGACAUGACCUCCGACUUAUUUGAAAAGUGGACAGACCAGCAGUUAAUAGCAAACAUUUCCCCAAAUUCAGUGAUUAUUAUGGACAAUGCGCAAUACCAUUCCCGACAGAAAAACAAAAUUCCGAAUACCGGCACAAAAAAACAAGACAUUAUUGAUUUUCAAAAUGGCCAUGAAGUAUUACAUCUACCUCCCUAUUACUGCAUUUUUAACCCGAUUGAGUUGGUCUGGGCUGCUUUAAAAAAAAAUGAAUCGCUAUUGGCCACAAUAAGAGAUGCAGUAUCUCAUAUUGCUGCCACAGACCUAUGGAAGCCGUGUUCUAGGCAUAUUAUUGAAAAAGAAAAUGAAUAUUGUGUUUUGCCUCCUUUAAAUCCCGUUGUAAUUCCUCUACAAGAUGACUCUAGCGACAGCUCCGAAUGCGAGGAUGAUAUAUAA